CUUCUAAGGCAGCCGUUUUACCAACCUAAAUAUGCAACCUCCCUUAUUUAAUGUUGAGCUGCCCAAACAGACCCAACUCAAUCUUUGAAAGACCAACAGAAACCAAAAAACCAAACCAACAAAAUGUGUUCUCCUUAUUAGCUUAUACAACAAACCAAAUCAAGACCCCCAUGCAAAGAAAGAAAAACUCAACCAAACAACUUCUAUUCCUCAUUUCCAUCUACUUUUUCUCAUCCAUAAAGGGAGGGAAAUUGAGCUCUCUCUCUCUCUCUCCCUUUCUUCAUAUUCUCUCCCUCAAAACAAUCUGAAAAACACUUCUGCAAAAUGGGUUGUAGCGAAUCAAAACAAGGCGCAGUCGCUACCGGAAACACUAUCUUCCGCCCCAAGCAAUCUAACAAUGGUAGCUCCAAGAAUAGCAAAGACAUAGAGACCGUCCAAGAAACCGCCAUUAAUGAUGGCAAUUCGACCACAAACUCUGCAGCACCACAACAACAACGGCCAGAGAGCGAUAACGUUGAGGCAGAGUCCGGUGGUGAGGCUUCGGAUGCUGUGAAGGAUACAAUCAAUGAGAAUAGUCAUGAAUCAUUGAAAGGUGGCAAAGAAAAUGUUGAAGGUGGUAAUAAUGGUGAUGUGGAAGAGAGAUUGAUAUCCAAAGAAUCACCAAACCAUUUCUUCUCGUCGAGGAAAGAUGAGGAAUUGGGAAUUGAUGGAAUUGUUUCUGAAGGACGUUCUGGGAAAUCUGAGUACAAUACUCCACGCCAUGGAACAGGGAAGCUUAUGAAUUUGAUGAGCAAUGAGGAUUUGAAAGAUGAUGAGGCUGACGAUGAUCAUAAUGCAGUGGAGGAGAAAGAAUUGGCUGAUCAUGAAGAAAAACCAGAAGCUGAAGAGAAAGAAAAUGGGAAAGAAGAAACUGUAAAUGUGGAAGAGAAUUUGGUGAAGGAAGAAGAAGAACCUGCAAAAGCCACAGUUGAAGAAAAAGUCUCAAGCCCUGCUGAAGAGAAUAAGAGUAAUGCUCUUAAUGCUGAGGAAGAGGAGGAGGAGGAGGAGAAACAUAUGGUUGAAUCACCAAACCAGGAAUUGAAGACUGCAUGAAGAAUUGAAUGGAUGUAACAAGAAGCUUUGGGGAUUUUGUCGAUUACUUGUAUUUCAAGGCGUCGUUGUUGUUGUUAUUAUGUUCAUAAAACUGUUUUAAUGUGGCUUUCGCAUAAAAUCACUGUUGAAAAUUUGCCCCUUAAAAGUGUAAAGAUUAAAUAUCAACAAUUAUUCCUGUUUGAUUUGCCUUCUCAGAUGCUCAAUACCACUUUAAUAGUUUUACACAGUAAUUGAAAUACUUCUAAAUACAGAAAUAAAUUAAUCUGUUAUUUUUUUCUUAUCAAGUUGAUAUAAUAAUUUCAUCCUUUAAAAUUUUUACUUUUCUUUUUUCAAUCAAGACUAUCUAGUAAAAUUUUUACAAUUAACACAGUGUCUUACAAUAAUUUUGUCAGACUUCACCUUAUAUCGUUUUCAAUCAAUUAUAUAUAAAAAUGAAAGGACCUGUCCAAUUUUACGCGUAGAAACUAAAUGAAAAUAUCACUAAAUAAACUAAUUAUUUACAAUUCGUACAAAAGAAAGAAAAAAAAAAAAAAAAAAAAACCAAUGUAGUGUCCAAUACACCGUUUGUAGACGGUUUAUGUACAUUCCCAGCCCAUCACAAUAACAAUAACACUUUCUUUCUCUCUCCUUUUUUUUUUUUUUUUUUGAACCUCUAAAUAAA